AUGAGAGGCUUCGAAAACCGACACGGACUUUCAUUCAAAGACAUCUGUGGGGAAAGCGGUGCAGUGGACACCACGGUCGUCGUUGCCUACAGAAAGGACCGUCUCGACGAGCUCUUGCGCGCGUAUAAGCCCGACGAUGUGUUCAACUGCGACGAAACGGGUUUAUUUUAUAUAAUCCUUCUCGAUCGCACCCUGACGUUUGCUGGAGAACAGUGCUCUGGGGGCAAUCAUAGCAAGGACAGAGUAACUGUACUUGUUGGGGCUAACAUGUCCGGGUCCGAGAAGCUCCCCCUUCUUGUCAUCGGCAGAAGAAAUGAAGACCACCUAUUUAAAGCCGCAAAAACUUGCCCAGUGUGGCAUAAAAUGAACAAGAAGGCAUGGAUGACCCGGGCUCUUUUUGAAGACUACAUCAAGCGGUUGGACAUGAAGUUCGAGCGCGAGCAAAGAAGCGUGAUAAUCUUCGUGGACAACUGCGCUGCGCACGGCGCUAUUGACAACCUUCGAGCAAUCCGGCUUGAGUUUUUGCCGCCCAACACCACCAGUGUGCUGCAGCCGACGGACCAAGGCAUCAUACGAAACUUGAAGGUCCACUAUCGAUCGCGGCUUCUGUCGCGUGUUGUCCUGUGCCACGAACAAGGAACCAAGUACAAAGCGGACUUGUUCCCUGCGCUCUAUAUCCUCGCAGACGCCUGGAAGGCUGUUCAGGAGAGCGCCAUUGCGAACAGCUUUCGUCAUGCUGGGUUUUGCGUGUUGAGUGCUAUUAGCGGAGACGAGAGCAGUGACACAUGUGCCCGCGAUGAUGACGGCUCAGUGGACGGCGCGACUUUAGUGCAGGAUCUGCGCGGCUCGGGAAUGGCGAUUCCCGCUUCCAUAUCGUUUGACGAUUGCGCUGAGGUUGACCGGUGCACAGAAUUUUGCGCUGAAUUCACCGAUGAUGAGAUCGUCGCCGAAGUUCAGAACCUGCCUGCGGAUGGAUCGGACGACGACGAGGAUGACGACGAGAAUGUCGGCGAACUUCCGUCUACUGCGCAGAUCCUCACGGCCAUCGAUACGCUCGGACAAGUUUAUUCCGACAGUGUGACAUUAUCAGAAAUGCAGCGUGACGUUCUGUCUCGUGCGCGCGCUGCUAGGCAGACGCGUAUCGACACUUCCAUCCAUCCCGUGUAA